UCCCAUCAUCUCAGUGUAGUUCAGAAAUUCUCACCGCACCGCACAGCUCUCUCUCUCGCUCUCUCUCUCACUCUGUAUCUCCUCUUCUUCUCUUCGCUGGAGAAUCUGUUUUGGGGCUGGCUGGAAACUGGAAAUGAAGGCCCACGGCAAGUACGGGGUAACGGCAACAGCUGCCAAUACGUCCCUGUGCGAGGAUGUGCGCAAUUUCAGCACUCGGCGACGCAACAUUCUCUAUCUGAUGCAUCGGUAUCUGAUGGAGAACGGCUACUACAGCAGCGCGGAGGCCCUCAAGGGGGAGGGCAGGCUGUCGGACGAGUACGAGCUGUGCGACAACAUCGAUCUGGAUGCCAUGUAUCUGGAGUAUGCGAGCUUCUUCAACAUGAAGUUCGGCAAGUAUCCGCGCAUCCUCAAGAAGAUGGGACCCAAACUGAAGGUGGAACUAUCGAAGAGCCAGCCAGGGGCAGGAGCAGCAGCAGCAGCAGCAGCAGGUGGCAAGGCCCAGCCACAGGGAGUGCUGAAGCCGCCACAACAGGAGGCCACGAUGGGCAAUUGGCAUGUCGGUGUGGGCGCUGCCACAGCUGCGGCUGCUGCCAGUUUGAAUAACGAUGCACCGCACCAGCAGCAGCAGCAACAACAGCAACGGAACGAGAAUGGUAUUGGUAAUGGUAAUGGAAAUGGCAAUCCACCACAGUUGCACAUCAAGAAAAUGGCCACAGCCGAGUGCGGCAGCAGCAGCAGCAGCAGCACGGAGCUGCAGCUACGCAUUAGCGACAUCGAGCACGGACACUCGGGGGGCGACGAUGCCCUGUUCUCGUCCCUCGACUGGCAGCUGCUGGCCGAGCUGGUGAAGACCACGAUACUGCGGGAGGACACACCGUUGCGUUGGUCCGAUGUGUGCGGCAAUCAGCGGGCCAUUGAGCUGAUCAAGGAGGCCGUCAUCACGCCCAUCGAGUAUCCGCAGCUGUUUGCCCACGGCCUGAAGCCGUGGCGCUCGCUGCUGUUGCACGGGCCGCCAGGCAGCGGCAAGACCUACCUGGCCAAGGCCCUCUAUGCGGAGACCCAGGGCCAGGUGACCUUCUUCAAUAUCACGGCCAGCAUUAUGGUGAGCAAGUGGCGCGGCGAAUCGGAGAAAAUACUGCGCGUACUGUUCCACAUGGCCGCACGGCGUGCCCCGUCGGUGAUAUUCUUCGAUGAGAUCGAGAGUUUGACGUCGAAGCGGGACCGGGCCACCGAUCACGAGUCCUCGAAGCGCUUCAAGAACGAACUGCUGCAGCUGCUCGACGGCAUGGAGCACACCCUCAAGGGCGUCUUUGUGCUGGCCAGCACCAAUCUGCCCUGGGACAUUGACGAGGCCUUUCUGCGUCGCUUCGAGAAGAAGCUGCUCGUCCAGCUGCCCAGCCAGGCGGAGCGCAGCGCCCUCAUCAGCCGCCUGCUCGGCGCCAGCGUCAGUCUGAGCGGCCGCCUGCUCGAGCAGCUCGUUGCGAUCUCCGAUCAGUUCACCGGCGACGAGAUCCGUUUGGCCUGCAAGGAGAUCAGCAUGCAGCGUGUACGCUGCGCCACGCGCGGCAUGCCACAGCCAAAGGAGUCGCCCGCCAAGGAGUCGCAGGCCACGCUGGAGGCCAACCUCGAGAAGGCCUUCCGGCAGGUGCGACCCCUCAGCCAGAAGCUGCUGGCCAAGCACGAGCAAUGGCAGCAGGACAAUGGCUCCUGAUUGCAGCUUUUUACAGCAUUUUAUUUUAUUUUCUUUUAUUUUCUAUAUUUUUUUUUGC